CCCUGAGCAGACGGUCGGAUCUGUAAACGCGGGUGAGCUCUGUGAAUGGAGAGCUAGACACUGAGACUGGGACUGCAUGGACAACAUGAGAGCGCUGCGGCUGCUUGUGUGUGCUCUACUGCCCCUGCUCUGCUUGCCCCAGACAAGCCACGGAGAUUCAUUCUUCGGGGACAGUUACUGUCGGAUAGAUGCGGUGCAGGAUCUAUUGAGUUUUCAUCUGUCGCUCCAGUUUAAGACGAGCAGACGGAGUGGACUUCUCCUCCUAGCUGCCGGAAAUAAAGACUACCUUUCCCUGGAGCUUUACAAUGGCAAGUUGCAGGCAAGGAUAAACAUGGGAUCUGGUGAAAAAGUGUUGACCUCCUCAACAGGUGUGCAGCUGAAUAAUCUACUGGAUCAUCAAGUUUCUCUCACACUGAAAGGAAACAAACUCAGCAUGACUGUGGACAACCUUUUUACAACCUUCACUGAAAUGCAAGAUGGGGAGGACCUCAAUAUCGAUACGGGCGUGUUCCUUGGAGGUGUGCGAGAUCUGGAUGUUGAAUACCUCAGCACUGCUGUUCCUUUCUUCCGUGGGUGUAUGAGCAACAUAACAUUUGAGUCCCGACAGUUUGAUAUUUUAUCCUCAGAGUCUCGUGCCUGCUAUGACACUAAGGAAGCCUGUAGUAGUGAGUUUGAAGCAAGAGACGGGGAGGCCACUAGUUUUAUCAGCCCAGACUCCUUUGUGUCCUUCCCAACCUGGACCAGGGCCAGCACUGGCUCUCGCAACAUAGAGGUGCUGAUGAAAACCACAAUUGAAGAUGCACUGCUUCUCUUCCAUCCUGGUCACCAGUCUGAUUUCAUUGCCAUGGGCAUAACAGGAGGCCACCUCAAAGGUGUGGUAGAUGUCGGCAGUGGCAUGGUGGUCCUGAACAACCUAGAAGUGCAGUUGGAUGAUGAUCAAUGGCACAGGAUAAAGAUGCAGAUUGAACCCAACACUUUUGCGAUUACAGUGGACAGUGAAUCUGUCUCACUCCCUCUGAAUGGAUCAGAAAACCUAGACCUUGUAGGAAAUCUAUACUUUGGAGGCAUCCAGGGGAAAAUGAAAGAAGUGUUCCGUGAUAACUACUUGUCUCGUAUGGAGGAGGAGAUAACUUCUGAGUCUUUCAUUGGUUGUCUAGGAGAAAUCAAGGUGAACCAAAAAGACAGAAGCCUGCAGGAUGCCUUGAUAACUAAAGACGUUCAUGUUAAAUGUGAGGGAGAAGAUUAUGAUUAUUCCAGCUAUUAUGAUUUUGAGACAACUACAACUACCGCCCCACUGCGUAUCAGAUAUGUAGGCGUCACUGAAGAAAGGCACUGUUUCCCAACUCCUGACAUGCCAGAGAUCUUUCGAAAUGUCUCUAAACUUUUGGAUGUCAGCCCUCUGCUGGUUCCUGAGGGUGGGGAGGCUAUUGUUGAUGUAACCAACCUCAACCCAACAUUCAAUCUAAAUGCUGUAGGAAUGCGACAGUCUCAGAUCAUCUUCACUUUACAGGCUGAUCCUUGGUAUGGGCUCGUAGAUAUGAACAUUAACACUAGGCGCACUAAGAAGUUCACUCUUCUGGAUGUUGUGAAUAAGAAGAUUAAAUAUCUUCAUGAUGGCAAUGAAAAGUAUAAUGAUCAAAUCCAGCUAGAGGUGGUUGCAUUUGGUUCCAGUCUUCCAGAGUGUUUGAAAACUCCCCACCAGUAUAUGCUUCCAGUGGAAAUUCUCCCUGUCAAUGACAUCCCCCAGCUUAGUGGAGGAGAUAUUUCAGUCACAGAGAAUGGACGCACUCGCUUAAGCUCUAACCUGAUCAAAAUAGUUGAUUCAGAUAAUCAAUGUGAUGAGUUGACCGUUACUGUCACCUCUAACCCGAAUCCUAACGGGUACUUGGAGAAUACAGAAUAUCCUGGCAGGAGCCUGAGCAAGUUCACCUGCAGACAGCUUAAGGAUGGACUCAUUUAUUACGUCCACAGAGGAGGCUCAGUGGCUGGACUCACCUUGCAAGUUUCAGAUGGGCAUCAGAUUAGUCAGUCAGCUACUUUCAAACUAGCAGUUACAGCCCCACAGAUGAGCCUAGUCACUAACACUGGACUUCUCCUCACUCAAGGCAGUGACACAUCUAUAGGGAUACAGAACCUAGCUGUUUCUGCCACUCCUAGGAAUGGAGAUGUCAUAUUCAAUGUUACGCAGCCUUUGAAAUUAGGCGAACUGCAAAUUAUUGCAGAUAAUGGUGUACCACAGAGAGUGUCACUAUUUCAUCAAUCUGACCUGGAGCAGAAUAAACUGAGGUACAUCUCUACAAUCUCAUCUGAUUUGGACAACACAGAAACGGAGUAUAUUCACUUUAAUGCUCACCUUGGACAGUUUACUCUUCCAGACAAUGUAUUUAUAAUUAAAAUCAUGCCUGAUCAGGUAAGAAUGAACAAGAUUGUCCCCCUUGAAAUUACCGAAGGGCCAAAAGUCAUCACACAUGAAAACCUGGAAGCUGUGGUGAAGGGGAAGAACAUCAACUCAGCAUCAAUAAAAUAUGUCCUUUGGAAGCAUCCAACACUUGGUGCCUUGAUGUUGCAAGGCAGGGAUUUGUCAGAGGGAAACAGCUUCACCCAGCAGGAUGUUGAGAAUGGACAUGUCAGUUACAGACCCACAAUCCGUAGGGCUGUUGAUGCUGAGGACCAUUUUCAAUUCAAGGUAUCUGCAGAUGAUCAGUAUUCUAGAGUAUACACCUACCCAAUCAGAAUUAAAGCUGACUCCAAUGCACCUAGCCUGACCAAUGAGAAACUGGUUGUAUUGGAAGGAAAUGAAAACAUCCUGAAUAAAGAAUAUCUCUGGGUGCAGACUCCCAGAUCCACAGAUUUUGUGUACAGGAUUGUUCAAGACCCCACGCAUGGACGCCUCAUCAGAGACUCCCCUCCUGGUGUGCCAAGGUUUGAGGGCGCUGUUCGGGUUUUCAGUAAUGAAGAUCUACUCUUGAACAGGCUUAUCUACCAACAUGAUGGCUCAGAGAUCAACCGUGACCAGUUUAUAUUCCUUGUGUUUGAAGAAGCUGAAGGCAGCACAGAAGGACAGGAGGUCCUCAAAGGAAUAUUUAACAUAGCAGUUCAAUCCAAAAAUGAUCACGUACCUCAAAGGGUCAUCAAUAAACCAUUUAACGUGGUGAGAAAUGGCCAGCGUUUGCUGACCACUGAUGAUAUUAUGUUCAGGGAUGAUGACUCAGACUUUAAUGACACCCAGCUUGUCUAUGCUCGAGGGGGAAUUCUCUCAGGUAGCAUUGUUUCAUCUGCAGACCCUUCACAACCCCUCUACCGUUUCACACAGGCAGACCUGAGAGAUGGGAAGGUUCUGUUUGUUCAUAAAGGUGCUGAUCGUGAACGGUUCCAGCUUCAAGUGUCUGAUGGAUUGCACAAGACAACAGCCCUGCUCCAAGUUCAGGCAAGUGAGCCAUACCUCCAUGUUGUCAAUAACACUAUGGUCGUCAUAGACCAUGGCAGCACCAAGACUCUUGACUCCAGUCUUCUGGGCACAGAAUUCAACACUGACAUCAGAAAUGCUGCAGAAAUUGUGUAUGACAUAACUUCUCCUCCCAGUGAUGGGAGGAUUAUAGUCAGUGGUAUCGAGGCCAGUCGGUUCACACAGAAGGACCUUACGAAAGGAGUAGUGUCGUAUGAGCACAGCGAUCAGAGCCUGAAGUCCAAAGACUCAUUUACCUUCACUGUUCAUACAAAAGGCUUGUCUGAGGAAGGGAUUUUCAGAAUCAAAAUCUUCAAGCAAGGAUAUCUGUCUGAACCUCAGGUUACCGCCAAUCAGGGGAUCAUUGCAUAUGAAAGAGAGCAUUCCAUUAUUGACUCGGAUCAUCUGAGGGUGGAGCAGGCAGAUAUUGUCCCUACUGAGAUGGUGUUUAGCAUUAAAGAACCUCCACGUCUUGGCCAUGUGGUCAAAAUGACCAGUGACUCAGACAGCACAGCUACCCCCGUGCUGGACUAUAUCCAUUCCUUCACACAAGCGGAUGUAAAUAAAGGCACAAUCCUGUACGUGUCAGCCUCGCUGCAGGGUACAGACUGGUUCACAAUGGACGUUAGUAAUGGCUUCACCACAGUGGAGGACUUGAGGGUGCAGGUGGACAUUGUACCCAGGUUUAUUCCCAUCGAGGUGGUCAACUUCACACUGAGGGAAGGUGGAGCUGUGGCACUCUCUGAGGAGGUGCUAAAUGUCACACACCCUUUCUACAGGUCUGUCAACAUCGAGUUCAUCGUGGAGGAAGCACCUCAGCAUGGAGAGAUCAAAUACCUAGACAAGGAUGAAGAAGGAAUUGUCUCCUUUACCUGGAAAGAUGUGCAGCAAGGUCUCAUCUACUACCUUCACGACAGCACGGAGACCACAGAGGACAGCCUUACUCUCUUUGCCUCUGCCUAUGAGAUCAACCGACGCAGCCAAACUGUCACCAUUAGCAUCACAGUCAUCCCUGUUAAUGACGAGCCGCCCAUGCUACAGCGCAACACCGGCCUGGAGGUCCUUGUUGGUGAAGAAUCGGAAAUCACAAAUAGACUGUUGAACACAGAAGAUGUGGACACCCCUCCCGAAGAGCUGGUAUAUUCAAUAGAAGCACCAACCAAUGGAAUGGUUGCUCUGAAAGAAUCACCUGAUGAUAGUAUUGAUGCUUUCACCCAAGCUCAGAUCAACAACGGAGAGGUCAUUUUCAUUCAUGAAGGAUCCAAAUCUGGGGGUUUCACCUUCACAGUGACAGAUGGAGACCACACCUCUCCUCUCUACCACUUCACAGUGACUGCCAGACAGCUGACGAUCUCUGUGGAGGCACAGGGCGAGCUCUUGGUCUUCCCAGGCUCCAGGCAAGUGAUCAAUCGUGAUAUACUCCGCGCGGUGACUAGUGAGGAUGGAGAUGAGAUCAGCUACUCCCUCGUUAGGCCUCCACGCCUUGGACGACUUAUCAAACCUAACCAGAGUGGACAGUUUGAGGAAAUCACCAAAUUCACACAAACUGAGCUGGAUGCCGGUGCUGUGUAUUAUGAGCAUCAGAUGCCAUCAGAGCCCUUCUGGGUGGUUAAAGAUUCUGUUGAGCUUGAGCUCUCAGCACCGCCUGCAGCACGACUCAACCACACACUUCCUGUCACCGUAUCGUACUAUGCCGCUAACCGCAAUGUGUCUUCACAGCUGUGGAAGAACAAAGGUAUGUCAGUGGUGCAGGGGCAAUCUAAGGUGAUCGACAGUUCUAUUCUGGACGCAUCUAACCUGCUUGCCAGUUUGCCGAAAGAGAAGCAAGCAGGACAGGACAUUGUUUUUGAGGUACGGAAAUUUCCUGUGCAAGGCCGGCUUACUCUUAGAGGGGCCAAUCUUCCCCGGGACACACCCUUCUUUCUUCAAGAUGACAUCAACAAAGGGGAGCUGGAAUACUCUCACGAUGACUCAGGUGCAUCCUCAGACAGCUUUUCUUUCCGUGUACGGCUGAACCCCCAUGGCCGCACCCCUCAGGCUGCUCCAGGAGCUGUGGUGCUGGAGGAGAUCUUUUUCAUCUCUAUCACACGAAGAGACUCAAGCCCUCCAAAGCUAGAACGUCUGGACCUGCUGCUGGAAGCACUGCAAGGCUCAACCACUGUGCUGUCAAAGCAGUACCUCAACACCAUUGACCAAGACAGCACACCAGAUGAGGUCAGGUUCACCAUCCUAAAGAGCCCUGCUAAUGGCCAUAUCAUCUAUAAAGACACUGGGGACAGGAUCCGGCAAUUCACCCAAGAGGAAGUAAACAUGGGCCGUGUGGCAUUUGUGAGCGAUGGCAGCUUGUCAGAUGGCUUCAUGGAGUUCACUGUCUCUGAUGGGAAGCAUCAAACAGAACCACACACAUUGCAUAUCGGCAUUCUGGCUAAGAAACUCACGCUGAGCAAAGUGCAGGAGAUCCAAGUGAAGCAGGGAGAUGACGAGACUCCAAUCACAGAGGCCAUGUUGAAAGUGUCCACGGGAGGUGCCAGAGAGGAGGAUAUCCUUUACAAGAUCACAAAUGUGCCCAAGUAUGCAGCAGUGAUGGUGGACAGGCAGCCUACCUCUGCCUUUACUCAGAAACAGAUCAAAGAAGGGAGGGUGAGCGUCCGCUUCGUCAAGUCCACUUCCCCAAGUGACAGUUUCGCCUUUGUGGCCCGCAGCAGAGCAGCUAACGUUUCCUCUGCUCUCAACAUCACAGUGAGACCCUUAGCAAAUGUGGCCAAAGAUCCUGUGCUUCCUCGAGGCAUGACAGUUCUAGUGGAUCGUAAGCUGUUAGAUGCAACCCCACUUGCCAACAAAACUAGAACAUCUCCAACCUUUAGUGUGACCCAGCAGCCAAAGGGAGCAAGGUUUGUGAGGAGAGGAGGAUCAGCAGAUGGCCAGCCUGUGGAAUCCUUCACCCAGAGAGACCUGGAUGAGGGGCGUGUGGCUCUAGAGGUUCAGAACACCACAGGGGUUCCAAAAGGCAAAGGUCAAAGUCAGAGUCAGGGUGAGGAUGAGGCCCGAUUCCUCCUCAAAGCACAUGGAGUUCCUCCUGCAGAGUGCAUUCUCUCUUUCAAGACAGCUCCAUAUGACCCUGCAGGAGUCUAUGGUGCCACAGUCCUCAAAGUUCCCCCCUCUGUACCUACCACUGACAAGAGUAAAUCAGGAGACAGUGACUGGACAAUUAUAGUGGGCCCAACCACUGCCUCCACUGGCUCCCACAAAGCCCCAGUUUCCAGACGGAACAUAUUAUGGGCCAUUCUAAUCCCCAUUUUAGUCAUCCUGAUUCUUCUGCUUCUGGCUGCUCUGCUAGCUUACUACCUGGUGAGACGGAACAAAACAGGGAAGCACAACGUUCAGACAGCUACAGCAAAGCCGAAGAAUGGAGAGGUCAGCCAGGAAACCUUCAGGAAAACCGAUCCAGCAAACAACAUCUCCAUGACCACCUUAGAGUCCAAAGAGGCGGAUCCCGAAUUACUGCAACAUUGUCGGACAACAAACCCAGCUCUGAAAAAGAACCAGUACUGGGUAUGAGAAAGGUUAAAAUGAGGACUCUACUGUAUCAAUGUUGGCAGAUGUGCACCGGUACUUUGGAAAUGUGUAUGGAAGCUUCCUUGAGUCAUUCCUAACAGUGUUAAAGACCUCCUGCCAUACAAGUGCUUUUGGAAAACAUAAACGUUUUGGCAAAUAAUUACAUUUCACUUCACAAUCAGUCCAGACAUUUUUCACACUAAUUGAGGUUUCUGGGAGAAUAUUUUAUAAGUGGAUAAUUUUAUAAUAACAGAGGAGCAACCAAUUAAGCAAGCUCUCAAGCCUAUAUAUGUUCUAGUCCUGGUGUAGGACCAAAAAAGGCAAAAAUUUAGAUCAGCUUGUAGGAUGUUAUUGUUGAACUAGCUGUCUCUGCAGAAAGCUGUACUUCAGAACAUAUCAAUAAACUACACAUGUUUGCAUGUUGUCACCCAUAUAUUUACCAUCAUAUGUGAGGACUGCUUUAUGCACCUUCUUUUUAAAUAAAUGGACAACAGUUGUCCUGUCUGUAGUCAUGUAACUAUGAUCUUAAGGAAAAAAAGGGCCACCAUAUGAAAAUUCUUUUCAGAUAAUAAAAAAUGACAAUGAAAGGCAUGCCACAAAAAGGCUCUACCCACUGCAUAAAUUUAAGAUUUGAACUUGUUUGAACUGUUGCAGGUUGUGUAGGAUCCAUUUUAAAAUGGUCAUGGAUGAGCAGCAUUAUGAAUAAGAAGGAGAAAACCAGACAUCAUUUCUGUAUGAGUAGUGUUGAUGUAAGUUAACUGGUGAGGUUUGUUGGUGAGAAAUAUGAUCUUUCUGUGAGUAACUGGUGUCCGAAGCUAUACGAGGGGCCCAGUAAAGAUUUUAGGGUGCACCAUGGGCCCCAGUGUGAUUGCUUCCUUAGUAAUUCACCUGCUCAGUAAUUAAAAAAAAAUUACACAUAUUUACUGCAUAUGAGCUAAUGAAGUUAAAUAUAGAGUUAUUUGCGUGUUGCUGACUUUGUCCUUAAGAGCAAUGCAUCUAUCUGACUAUGCUUUUUAAGCUCCUCAAAAAUAUUUUGAUAAGCUUGAUUUCUACACAAUAAUUCACUGAUGGAGAAAACAGCCAGUCUUUCCACGCUAGACUGAGAUUCUUUUUCCUGUCUUUAAAUACAACUUUUGGACAUGAACAUAACUUAAUAUGUUUGAACAAAGUAUUUUUAUGUUUUUAAAUGAUUUGUAGUUUUGUUUAUAAUAAAUUGGACAAUAAUAAUGAACUUUGGGGUUUUAUGGCAUGAAUGAUGUACUUUUUUGUUAAAAUGCCUAUAAUAUUUUGUGUCUUUAAUCAAUUAGUUGAACAAAGUGAUUGAGGAGUUUAACACAGUUAUCUGAUUCUUAUUUUACUGAACUGAGUUUCUGUCAGAUUGGGUCCUGUAAUCAAAAAAAUGUUAAAAUAUGUUUUAGUGGGUAUAAAAAAAUUCAAAAGGCUUUGUCUGAAUGAAUAUUAGGUUUAACUAUUUUUGUACAAAUAUUAUAUUGUUUUCUUUUCUUUGUUUUCCAUCCAUCUGCAGCAUGCUGUACCAUAAUUCCCUCAGUGCUUUUGUAGUGUGGCUGACACAACUGAUAUUUUAUACAUACAUCCACUGGACUGACAUAAGGCACUGAAGAACUACUAUGUAAAGUAUACCUUACUGAAGCCACAGACAGGAUGUGACUCAGCAGUGGCUGUGUUAGCUACAUCCCUAUUGGCUGAUAGGAGGUUGAGGUUGAGGUCAUUAUUCUGAACUGUCGGUUCUGUUUUCCAAAAGUGAAAUGGAGCUCUUUUGGAAAGCUAAGCAUUCCCUUCUCACUUCCAGACACACUGCAAUUAUGUCAUUUGUCACUGAAACCUAUAUGGCAUUGAAAUCGCUAAGAAACCUGUUGUAGUGUAUUUCAAGAAGGUGGAAAAAAUUUGAAAUGUGUUCUUUUAUUAGUAUUAUUUUAAAAUUACCAAUUACAAUACGUUCCUGGCCCCUGAGGUUGUGUCUGAGUAUUCUCCUCCAACUAGGACGAUUCUGCAAAGUGACUUUGCCUGUUUUUACCCUUUGCUUGGAGAGUUUUAGUUUCUUGAUGUUGUAUUAUUUAGUAUAUAUCCCUUCUAUACAUUUAUAUUAUAGAGAGUUUGUCAGCUGUAAAUGUUAGGGUCUCCAUUUGCCCAUGGACUUGCUUUAGCCUGAACCACCUCGGUAACUACAGACUGUAGUAAUUACAGACUGUCCAGUCAGCAUCCUGUCAGUAAUUCAGACUGUCCAAAUUGUACAUUCCAUUAUCAUUUCCAUAUGUUUGCAAACCAUUUUUGUUUAUGCUAAUCUUAUUAGUAAUAGGACAAUGCUGAAGAAUGUUAGUUAUGAUGUGGAUAUUAAAUGGAUGUUUUCUACAUGAAAAGCAAUAUUCACUAUGGUCACAUUUUAGGGCUUCUUUCUCAAUUUCAAGUUAGGAAAUAAGGUACAAUUUAUAGUGAAAGACCAUUAAUUGUUACUUUGCUAUGUAUGUGGCCCAUUAGGCACGAGCUUUCCUAUGUUUCCAUAUUUUUAAAGUGUAGGAUUUUAAGUGUACAUACAUGAUUAUUGUCACAAAAGAUAUAGUUUCAUUAAAAGAUUAUGUAUUUUAAUUGGCUGACUUUUUAAACAAUAUCUGGCCUUUAAGGUGCUGUGUCUCUAUAUGUAGAUCAAUUAAUAGUUAUCAUUACUUUCUUUGAGGUAGAAAUUAGUGAAUUCAGUUUGGUCUAAAUGUACUGUAUUUUCUAUGAAGGAUAUAAAGUUACUCGUAUCUCCGGUACAUGUGCCUGUACCUCAUUUUAAGCAAAUAUUGUAUUUAUCACAGGGCCAGAGCAGUAACCCUAAAAGAGAUAACUAUUAUCUGUCUAUGAUCUUAGAAUAAAAGAGGUAAUUUAAUUAGAGAAUAUAACUCAGGUUUUAGGUUUGUGUACUUCAUUCAGCACAGUGUUAGAAUAGUGAGAAUAUAACAAUCGGUGAUGAAUCUCUAUUCCCAAAUGCAGCAUCCAGGCCUUAUUUUUCAUCUUUUAUGCUGAUAUUGUUUGUAAAUAUUUAGUUUGAGAGUAUAACCUGUCUAAGAAUUGGAAAGUGUUUCUGAGCAUAAAUGUCAUUUUUCUGACUGGCUGCACUUGUUAUUGGUUUUCUUUGGUGUUUGGACUUUAGUGUGGUACUUCAUUCCCAGAAAAAAGUAAAACAAAAAAACAACAGUUCUACCUAUUUAUUUUUGCCCUUUAGGCUUUAUAUACUGUUACAGCCAAUAUGCUUUCUAAAAUGUUUCUGAAAAUGUAACCCAUUGUGUGCAAAAGAAAAAAAUGUCAAUGAAGGCCAAUAAAUGAAUUAAAUAAAUGAAUAAAUAAGAAAACGAGGUUUUCACUUAAAGUGUUUCAUGGUCAGUAUUACCACAGUAUUGUAUGAAAAAGUUUGAACACCACCAGUCAAAUGACA